AUGAGCUUGUCUAUGACGGUGAUGACGUUGAACUUGCACGACGGGGAACAAGGGGGCGACAGCCCCAACUGCUGGGAGAAGAGGAGGGACAUCUGCGUCAGUGUGAUCACUAGCUACUCCCCCACCAUCCUGUGCACCCAGCAAGGUGAUGAGUGCCUCUACUUUGGGGAAAUUGGUGGGAGAGGGAGGAGGCCACCGAUCCGGCGAAGGCGCGUGCUUGUUUUUUUCUUCGUUUUGUUUUAGUUUCAUCUGAUGGUUGUUCCUCUUUGUUUUUGUUCUUCGGAUUGUACGAUGCAGGUGUCAAGUCGCAACUGGAGUUCCUUCAGCAGUGCUUACCUAGUAAGCUUCUCGUAGCACUCCUGAUUCUCCCUCUUCUCUCGGCUGUCUCCCCGCUAAAGCCGGAAAGUUCUUGGAUCCUUUUGAUGCAAGGAUUUUUUCCCCAGACGAAACAGGUUUUUCUGAGCGAGACGCGCCGUGCGUGCUUGAUUUUUCUCGUCCGCCGCGUCUCCUGCUCCCUCUUCGUCUUUCUCCUAGUCGAAUGCGGUCAAUCUGACAUUUCACUCGUGAGAGAGGAGCGCUUGGUUCAUCUUUCUGUGACCUAUUUUUGGAUCGCAUGCUCGCAAUUCAUUCAUUGCCGCUCCUGCAACUCGUAUCCCUUUCAAUCUUCUGAUCUUGUCUAUCUGAGUUAGCGACAUUUCCUCUGUGGAAGGUUAUGACCACUUUGGUGUCUCACGAAAAGGAUCUCAAGAUGCAUCUGAUGAACACUGUGCCAUUUUCUACGACAGAGACAAGGUAUCGUUUCCUUGGUUUGGCUCCUGGUAUUCAUAGUUCAGAACUUCAAAGGUUAGUGAUUCACGGGUGAAUAAACUGAAAGAUUUCCCUGCAAUGAAGGUCGAGCUUCUUGAAGGUGGAACGUUUUGGCUGUCAGAGUCGCCUUCUGUUCCUGGAAGCAUGUCCUGGGGAUCCACAGCUCCAUGCAUAGCCACAUGGGCGAUAUCCUUCACUGUGCACCAUCCCCAGUUCCUUCCGUCUCUCUGGAACUGCUUUCUUUUCUUUGUGUUGCUUCUUUGACACCGGUUCCCACACGUUUCAACUCAAGAGAACGGAGCCACCCGGGUUCAACUUCCAGGUUGUCAACACGAGCAUGGAUGAAUUCAGCCCUCGCGCCCGCAGGCGAAGCGCUCUGCUCACCUGGCAGCACAUUGCGUCUCUGCCUCCCAAUCUCCCUGUUGUGUACUGUGGAGGGUUCAACACCCAGAAGGAGUCAACCACCGGGCGCUUUUUACUGGGCAGAUCAAGGUCCUCUCCUACCAUCCCAAAUUUCUAGUUCAUUCUGAUCUCCAUACCCGGAAACCUCGUUGGAAGUGCCCACGCGGCCGUUUGAAGAAAAGCUUCAGCCUGUUUUGACUGCAACUCCGCCAUCGUUUAGGGUUUGCCAAUUUGAUCGAUCAUUCGAUUUGACUGCCAUGCAGCUGUGCAACAUUCCGAUAGUUGCCCAUGUUUACUGCUGAAUUGGCGGCUGUUUCCUCCCCUUCAUCUUGCCACAGGGAGCAUGGGGUGGUGGGCGACAUGAGGGACGCCUGGCCGAAUGCUCGGGUGAGGAAGAACGUCUCGCUCAUCCGCACGUUCCAUGGAUUUAAAGGUACCCCCCCCCUCCCUGAACAUCCGACGGAGGAUUGUAUCUGCUGAUCGAUGGGCGACGGCGGUGCAGGAGACCGGCAGGGAGCCAUGGAAUCGUUGAAGUUGAUCUUCAGAGCUCUCUGCCUCUGCUGGGACCGGCAGACGCAGGACCUCCACGUUGACUGGAUCCUCUUCCGGGGCCGGUUCUUGGUCCCCGUCUCCUGCGAGGUGGUCAACGACAACAUCGAUGGCUUCUAUCCGUCCUCCCACUACCCCGUCUUCGCCGAGUUCAUGCUCCCUCGAACCGUCCGGCUGCUCGAAGAAACCUCCGCCGCCUGA